UUCUCUCUCUUCCUCCCUCCCUCCCUCCCUCUUCUCUCUCUCUCUCUCUCUCUCUCUCUCUCUCUUUCUUCAUCAUGGCCAACCAUGAACAAGGCAUCAAGCUCUUUGGAACUACAAUUACGUUGCAUGGUCAACAACAAGUCAAACAAGAAAACAACGAUGCUGAGGCUGAGGUUAAAAGACCUGACAAAAUCAUACCUUGCCCGAGAUGCAAGAGCAUGGAGACCAAGUUUUGUUAUUUCAAUAAUUACAAUGUUAACCAGCCUAGACAUUUCUGCAAGGGCUGCCAGAGAUACUGGACUGCCGGUGGGGCUCUCCGGAAUGUCCCCGUAGGUGCAGGCCGCCGGAAAACCAAACCACCUGGUCGUGGUGGGCUUGCCGGUUUCCCUGAAGGGUGUUUGUUUGAUGGUUCGGGUGAGGUGCACCAGCUUGAGUUGGAUGGGGUGGUGGUGGAAGAGUGGCACGUAGCAGCUCAUGGGGAUUUUCGGCAUGUAUUUCCGGUGAAACGGCGACGGAGCAACUCAGGUGGUCAACCUUAUUGAUUUUUAUUUUAAUAUUUUUUUUUUGGGGGGUUAUGCUGUUCAGAUAAAUUAAAAGAAAAUUGUACAAUUAGUGCAAGUGGUGUAUAUACAGGCUGGUUUUGAUUUAUUAGUCUUCUAAUGUGACUAUUUAUAUA